AUAUUUGCCUUAAUGUGCUACAUCUUUAUUAAUUUCACUAAAAUCUCUUCAUCUCUUUCAUUGAAUCUCUCCCUUUGUUUUCCUUCUCAUUUAGACAUGGAAAAAGAAGCUCAGGAUCUUCAACUCCAAAUUAUAGAUCAAGAAGACCAUGCAAACACAACAAAUAAUCUCAGAGACCGAAAAACAGAGUCUCCCCCCGGCAAGCGUAACCACCUCCUCCGGGUUGCCCUCUACACCUUCUUCGUAUUUGCCGGUCAGUCAGUGGCUAUACUACUCGGAAGACUUUACUUUGAGAAAGGCGGAAGCAGCAAAUGGGUAGGAACGCUUGCACAGCUCGCCGGAUUCCCAGUUCUCAUUCCUUACUACUUUCUUAAUCUCCCCAGAACCAGAAUACUUAAUAAACCAGUUGACACAAAGAAAUCUUCUUUGAAGAUGGUUGUUUUUGUUUAUGCUUCCCUUGGCCUGGUCACCACUGGUACAUGCUUUUUGUAUUCAGUUGGGAUGCAGUACCUUCCGGUGUCAACGGUGACCCUCAUCUCUGCAUCCCAAUUGGGUUUCAAUGCUUUCUUCUCCUACUUCCUCAACUCCCAAAAGUUCACUCCUUACAUAAUCAACUCUCUAAUCCUCCUCACCGUCUCCUCCGUCCUGCUCGUCUUCCAAUCAAACUCCGAGAAGCCAGCGGGAGUCUCCAAAGCAGAGAACACAAUCGGGUUCCUCUGCACCGUGGGAGGAACAGCGGGGAUCGGCCUGCUUCUUGCUCUCCAGCAGCUCGCCUUCCGGAAGGUGCUAAAGGGUCAAACUUUCAAAACCGUCAUGAACUUGACAAUCUACCAAUCCCUCUUCGCCACCAUGUUUGCCACUGUGGGGUUCUUCGCGAGCGGAGACUGGAAGGGAUUGAAGGCAGAGAUGGAAGGGUAUAGCCUGGGAAAGGUUUCUUACGCCAUGACUCUGGUUUGGACGGCCAUCUGUUGGCAAAUUUUCACUAUAGGCGCGGUAGCGUUGAUUUUUGAGGUGUCUGCUCUGUUCUGCAACGCCAUAAGCGUGGUAGGGUUUCCUCUGGUUCCGGUGAUAGCCGUCUUCGUUUUCCAUGACAAAUUCGACGGGAUAAAGGCCAUCUCCUUGGUGCUGGCUAUUUGGGGCUUCAUUUCUUAUGGAUAUGAGCAUUUCGUCGAGGAUAGGAUGUCCAAGAAGGAAGUUGAAGUUGUUAGUGAAGUUUCUCCCAGGAAUGGAAGAGGCUGAUGGAUAGAAACCCUUCCUCUUUUUUUUUUUGAAAUUGUUAAAUGGGGUGAUAGAGAAUGAUAUUGUCUAGAUUUGAACUCAAAACUCGAAUAUCAUCAGUAUUAUGCUUAA